AUGAAUAUUGUUCGCCAGAGAGUUUCACUGUUUAAUCACAGAAUUGUUUGUACCUUCAAUUCUGGAGUGGAGAAUCACAGGAAUUCGAAGUUAUUCUUCGCAUUGCAGAUAAUCCUAGACAAUCCACCAAAUGGUUUACUCAAUUGUCGACAAAUCUUCACAUUCUGCAAUCCAUUCCAUGGUUCUUUUGGAAGGCAAAGGAUCGAAUUGGGUUCUCAAAUGUCUUGGCUUGGGAGCCCCAAAAGGUCUGGACCCUUUACCUUAUUGAGGGGUUAUGGAAACGAAGCUAGUCAUAGAUCAGUUUCCUGCAGUGUUCUAGUCAGAAGUAUGGUUUCUAUUAUUCAGAAGACAGAUCAGUGGGAUUCGUUGCUCAGCAGGCUUUGUGAUGUCUCUUCCUCCAUUAUCACCCCUCCCAUUGCUGUCCGAGUUAUCAAACGAAUUAGGAAACCGGAUGUGGCUUUCAAGUUCUUCGAGUGGUUAGAAGCGCAUGGUGGCUUCAGUCAUGACAGUCUAACCUACUCAGCAAUCCUCAAGGUCUUAACCAAAGAUUCCCAUCCUUCACAUGCUUCCAUGGCCGAUGCUUUGCUUCAUAAGAAGAUUCAUCUCCGUUUCAAUGUAACCCCUUCUGACUUUGACAUUGUGAUGCAGCAAUGGGUGAGAGUUGGGGAAUCAGAAAAAGCACUACAGUUAUUGGAUGAGAUGAGAGCUCAUGGAUUUGUUCCCUCUCAUUCAUCUUGUAAUGUUCUUCUGAAUAAGUUACUCAGUUCAAAGCACAAGAAUCUGGGUUGGGAGUUGUUCUACCAAAUGCUGGAUGGAUGGAUUGAUGCGUUGGAUACCCAAACCUUUAAUAUUGUGAUGAAAUGUGCUUGCAUUGAAGGGAGGACUGAUGAAGCCAUAAACCUCUUUAAUAUAAUGAAGCAGAGAGACUGUAUGCCUGAUCUUGAUAGCUUCAAUAUCUUGAUCAAAGGUUUUUCUGAAAAGGGGGACACACAGAUGAUCUGUAGGAUUUUCAAGCAGAUGCUGGAUUUGAAGGUUAAGCCAGACAGUUACACUGUGAACCUUCUCAUCAAAGAGUUAUGCAAACUGGGCGAGCCUGAAUAUGGGAACAAUUUGUUCAACUACAUGAGGAGAGUGGGUUGGAUUGACAGGAAAUUUGUAUAUACUCAGCUGGUAGAUUCUCUCUGCAACUAUGGCUGGUGGUUAAAAGGUUUGAAGAUAUUUACGAAGAUGAUCCGGAGAGGUCACCAUCCUAACAUCAGUGUCUACAAUAACCUCAUAUGCCGCAUGUGCCUGGGUGGUAAAGUAAGUGAGGCCUUCCGACUGAAGGAUCUUAUUGCAUCCAAGGGAUUUAUGUCAGAAAUUGAGAAUUAUAAUGCCUUGAUGAAAGGAGUCUGCUCGGCAGGCAGAAUGGACAUGGCUAACAAUCUUUUACAUGAGAUUCAGGAUCGGGGACUGGAACCUGAUCUUAGAAUGUGUAAUACAGUACUCCGUGGGCAUUGUAUGAUGAGAAAUGUGACUGAAGCCCUAGAAUUAGUGGAAAAGAUAAAACGAAAAGGUUGGCACCCAGAUAUCGAGUCAUGUAAUUCAUUAAUAACGAAUCUUAUGAGCGAGGGGAAGGAUGAAGAGGCAAUACAGGUGAAGAAUUGUAUUCAGGAGGAUCAGAAUAUCAGCUAA